UUUUCAAGCAGACCAUACAAGAAAACUUCUCAACUUUGCUAAGUUUUCAUUUACUGCGCCCUAUUCGUAUAACCCCAUUGCUAUUUUACGCUAAACUAGAAACAUUAUGAAUUAUUUUCACUUAUCUAAUUUUACAAUAUGGAUACUUAUAAUCGUUAUUCACUUGAAUAUGGUAUCAGUAAAAUUAGAAUUAGUUCCAAUUCAGAAAGGUGAUCCAAGUGAAUGGCGAGAAUAUGGAGCAGAAGCCAACUUCCUGGUAUUUAAUAGCAUAUACACAAUAUCUAUCAAUGAAGAACUACUAAAUGGCAAUAGAUUUUGUUCUGGUCAAUGUGAUAAUAUUAAUCCAUGGAAUCAUCAAUGGGCUGCAUAUUAUUUCAGUUACCCAAAUACUUGUAGAGGAUAUAUUCAUUACUGCUGGUUCAAAGCCAAAACCGAAAAGCGGCAAAAACUCGAAGCGGAACUGGCUGACCUAAGAAGCGUAAUGCGAACACCGGGGUACCAGUAUAGUCAAAAUUAUAUCAUCAAAAAACAACAGGAAAUACAGAAUCGAUUGAGCUAUGCAGGUAACGAUUGCUACUGUCUUUGCGAACGUCACGAUAACCAUCCUAAUAAUCCGCGUGGUGAUUUGAUUGAUUCCAUUUGUUAUGAUCCAGUUUCAGUUGAUGACGGAUAUGUUGCAACUGGCGUGAGAUUCAAAAGACAUGGUAACAUAGUUUACCUUGAACUUCAACAAGGUAUAUUAUCAGGAGGACGAAUUGAUCCCAAUAGUUUGAAGUGGAAAAGUUCUGAUCAAUGUAGUUCAUCAAAAAAAGUUGUUUAUAAUUGGUCAAGUAGUUACACUGGUCUAGAAAUUAUAUUAGAAGAUAUGAAAUUGCCAGAGAAUGCAGUCGUAACAGGCAUCACAUUUGGUCAGUCAUUGCGUGGACGCUAUGUUAAUGAUGACGGCGAUUUCAAUGAUAAUGUAGAUCAAAUUGUAAAGGGAAGUCAAUGUCCUGGGAGUGUCUCUAGCUUAUCGUCACGUUGUUGGGGUUUUUUGUUACCAACGUCCUUGGUAGGAAAGAAUAACGAACUCAGUAAAUCAUGCGAAAAUAAAAUUUCAUUUUGUGGAUCUGAUGAGGGUUCUGAUUAUAUGCAACACGUUGUUCCGUAUGUUGAUUUACAGGAAAUCGUUACAGAUCAAAAUUCACCUCAGCCUCUUCGUGGAAUCGGUUGGUAUUAUCGCAGUCACCCUGGCUAUGGAGGAUUUUUGGCUCUCAAGAUAUUCAAAUAAUUGUAAAUUUUGGCGAGAAAAAAAUAAAUGUCUCCACUUAAUAACAGUAAAAUAAAUGAAUU